GUUGCUCACAACAACUACCUGGCGCUGAAGGAGUUCCUCCGGCUCUUCCCUGAGUACUCCAAGAACGAUCUCUUCCUCACAGGGGAGAGCUAUGGGGGGAGCUACAUCCCCACGCUGGCGGGGGGGGGGAUGGAGGCCCCCAGUCUUGCCUCGCAGGGAAUCGCUGUGGGAAACGGCCUCUCCUCCUACGAGAUCAAUGACAACUCCCUGGUUUACUUUGCCUAUUACCACGGUCUGCUGGGGACCGAGCUGUGGAGGGACUUGCAGGCCUUCUGCUGCUCCCAGGGGAAGUGCAACUUCCAUGACAACUCCAACCUGAACUGCACGCUCAAGAUGGAGGAGGUGAUCCAGAUUGUAGAGGAGUCCGGCCUUAACAUCUACAAUCUCUAUGCCCCGUGUGAUGGUGGUGUCCCUGGGAGCAUGAGGUACGAGGGUGGCUAUCUCGUCACACAUGACCUGGGCAACUCCUUCAUCCGGAUGCCGAUGAGGUUCUCCUGGCGGCAG